AUGGCUUGUCUCUCAUUGUUAGGUUUGUUUCUUGUCCUUGUUGUUUCAGUAUUUCCUCCUUGUUAUGUUCAUGGUAUAAGCUGCAUUGAAACUGAGAGGAUAGCCCUUCUCAGCAUCAAAGCAGGCAUUGAUCAUAGCAACAACCAAAGCUUGUUCUCUUCUUGGACUGGCCAAGACUGUUGCAAAUGGCAAGGCGUGAGUUGCGACCAUGAAUCCCGGCAUGUUAUCAAGCUUGAUCUCCGACAGUACCUUUCUGAAACGUAUCUUCUUUUGUCGAAGCCGGCAAGUAAGUUGAAUGUUUCUCUCGUUCAGCUUCACCAUUUAAAGUACUUGGAUUUGAGCAUGAAUAACUUCAAUAACUCCCCCAUCCCAGACUUCAUUGGCUCUCUUGCCAACCUUGAGCACCUUGACCUCUCUAAUACCGGAUUCAGUGGAAUCAUUCCUCAUACCUUUGGAAACCUUUCAAGCUUGCGUUACCUUGAUCUUAAUACAUAUUCUAAUUCCAUUAUACAAGCUAGUGAUCUCCACUGGCUCUCUAGAAUGACGUCGUUGCAUCACCUUGACUUGAGUGGAGUGGACCUUUCUAACAUAGCUGGUUGGCUUCAUGAAUUUAAUUUGCUCCCUUUUCUUGUUGUCUUAAAACUUUCUGAUGCUGGCCUCCAAGCUGAUGCUGGUGGUAUUCAUGAUACUACUCCGCUUCAUCAUCUCAACCUCACAUCUCUUCGUGUGCUUGAUCUUUCUGGGAAUUAUGACCUGAACAUCACUCUCCUUCAUUGGUUGUUCAAUCUCACUGGCCUUGUUAAUCUUGAUCUUUCUUCUUGUUUUUUCUAUGACAAGUUCCCAGACAUCUUUGGUAACAUGAGUAGCUUGAGAGUCUUGAGCUUGUCUACUAACUGUUUUGAUGGAGUGCUUCCGCGGUCCUUGGGAAAUCUUGGUAGCUUGGAGAGACUUGAUUUGUCACAAAAUGAUUUUAAUGGAAGCAUUCCGGAAUCUCUGAGCAAUCUUACAAAUUUAGUGUACUUUAACUUGUAUGGAAACCAAGUUCAGGGAUUGAUGCCUGCAAACAUUGGGAAUCUAAGAAAUCUGCAAUUCUUGGAUUUAAUAGGUAAUAAGAUCAGUGGAGCUAUUCCGGAAUCCUUUGGCAAUCUCACACUUUUGCAGCAUUUUGAUGGGUCUGGAGGUAACGGUCUCAGUGGUAAAUUGCCUGAAACUAUAGGGAAUCUUGUUCACCUUCAGUUUCUAGAUUUGUCUCACAAUGCACUAGCAGCUGCGUUUGGUAAAGCCCUAAGUGGGAAGUUACCAGAGAGUAUUGGAAAUCUUACCCAAUUGCAGCAGUUGAGAAUGCCAGGCAAUGGCAUCAUGGGGGGAUUACCAGAAUCUGCAGGAAAGCUCUCUAGCUUGUGGGAGCUUGAUUUAUCCGGGAACAACAUCAAUGGAACACUGCCAAAAGGCAUGGGGAAGCCUCUUUUUCACAACUUACCAGUUGAAUGCUGGGACGGAGAGACUCUUGAAACGAUAACCAGCAACUUUGGUAAUCUCAUCAAGGUCGAUGAAUUUACGUCCACUCUGGCUAGAUCUAAAUAUGCUCGAGUUUGCAUUGAAAUAGAUUUAUCUAAACCUCUUUGUCGUGGGUUUUGGAUUGGUGACGAUUUUCAGAGGGUGUUUGUGGUGGUGAUGUAUGAACGUUUGCCGACGUUCUGUUACAACUGUGGGCUUAUCGGUCAUGGUAGCAAGUCUUGCACUCGGGUUGCUUUGUCCGGGGCCGGUGGGUUCUCUUUACCCUCUCGUGAAGAACGAGAGUAG